AUGAAAUACCUGGCGGAGGCGUUGCUGGCAGUGAUUCAAGGCGUGAAAGCGGCGGUGGUGGAUCCGUCGCACGUGGAGUUAUCGCGGCUGUUGGACUGCGUUUACACGCUGAGCUACGUGAACGACCGGCUGAUCAAAGAGCCGCUGGCGAAGUAUGCGUUCAUUCGAAAGGACGCGCAGCUGAACGAGGCGUACAAGCUCUGCACGAGCACGAUCAAGCAGUACACGCAGAGCUAUCUGCAGCGCAGUCUGGAGGGGUUGCUGCGCGCGCUGCAUGAGUGUUUCGAUGUGGAUUGGGUCGCGUAUCGCACGCUGCAGCCGAUGCGUGUGGAGGUGGCGGACUUUCUGACGAGGCUGGCGCUGGUGAGCGGGGAUUUGACGCUGUAUGUGGGGAUCGACGCGAAGCAGGCGAUCGGGAAACUGGUCGCGGCGGCGCUGGAGAAGAUGGUGGACAUCUUCCAAGGCCUGCGCGAUAUUACGGAGCCGGCGUAUUGCCAGCUGCUGAUUGAGGUGUCGGUGAUGGAGAAGGCUCUGCCGUCGCCGAUGUUUUCGACACUGCGGACGUUGCUGGAAAAGGGGUUCCGAGGCGUGAUAACGGAGGAGACGAAGGUUGUUGUUGAUAAAUAUGUGAGUGAAGCGUAUGAGAAGAUGAAGCGGAUCAUCGAACCGUUGAAUUGA